AUGAGUUUGGUUAUGACAUUGGCAAUUUUGGGUAAUUUAUUCCUAAUUAUUAUUAUUAUUCGUGGUAAUACGAUAAGUAAAAGAAAAAUUUCUCCUGUACAGUUAUUGCUCCUACAUACAUGUGCUGCCGAUCUAUUAUUUGCUUUAUUAUCGUUGGGUACAGAAAUAUUAGUCAUUAUAACACAUCCAAAUUUCGGUGGGCCGAGUUGGUUGUGCCGCUUGGUGCGCUAUUUGCAAAUGUUUCCAUUAUAUGCGAGUCCAUUUCUUCUUGUUGCUAUAAGCGUAGACCGCUUUCAGGCUAUAUGCCGACCAUUUGUUCAUUAUCGAAGCAAUCGCUUUAGAAGGCCUAACUAUUUGGCCACUACAGCAUGGCUUUUGGCUUUAAUUUGUUCAAUACCGCAAUUAUUUAUUUGGUAUAAAACAUCGGAUGGCGAAUGCGCAACUGUUUAUGGUCGCGGAGUUUCGAAGCUAAAAAGUAUUUACGUUAUUUCAUUUAAUACCAUUGCUUGGUUAUUGCCGUCGAUGUUGGCUGCGUUUUUCUAUUUUCGUGUAUGUAAGACAGUUUGGAUGUCAAAAAGUACAUCGCACACAAAUAAAUUGCCUGAAAACAAGCAAGAUAUAAGUAAAACAUACAGCUUACAAACGAAAUACUACUUGGAUCGCAUUCGUCGUCAUUCAGGUCACCUUAAUCGCCAGUCGACUGGAAUUGACCGAAAAAGGAUCCAAACGGUUCGAUUGACUUUAACAAUCAUAACCUGCAAUUUUCUUUUGUGGUCACCAUUUUGUAUCGUCAAUAUUUUGCAAGCUUUAGCCCCUCGACUACUUAGCGCUGAAGUUAUCACAUACAUUGUUAUCCUUGGGAAUUUAAAUUCAUGCGUAAAUCCAUGGAUAUACAUUUUAUUCAAUAAGAACCACGUGAAGAAAGCAUUUAGCAUUAGUAGGACAUCAAGUAAAUCAAGUAAAUUAAUUCUCUUGAAUUAA